CCCAGCGCUGCCGGCGCCGCCGCCCGGCGAUGCCAGCCGGCCCACGGCCGCAGGGGGCCGCGGAGCAGGCGCUGAUCCUGCGGAGCGCACGGACGGCGGCCAUGGGCAGAGGCUGCCCCGGCCCGCACGGACGGCACCGGCAGAUGCUCUGAUGUCUGCUGUGUGUGAAGCUCCCAACACCUGUGCUUGGCGGAUGCACGGCUGUUAGCGGGAAGCCCCGGUAAGAGAAUGAGUGAAAGGGACGUACAAAGCUUGAGCAGAUGGGUUUUAGUGCUCACUCUCUGCCUUACCACACUAUGGGGAAGACUGACGCUGGCCUCCACCCACCACAGAAGCCAUUCAGCACACGUGGAGCCCGGCACCUGCGAGGUCAUCGCAGCACACAGGUGCUGCAAUAAGAACAAGAUAGAGGAGCGCUCCCAGACCGUGAAGUGCUCCUGCUUCCCAGGGCAGGUGGCAGGCACCACACGGGCAGCCCCCUCCUGUGUGGAUGCCUCCAUCGUGCUGCAGAAGUGGUGGUGCCAGAUGGAGCCCUGCCUCGCUGGGGAGGAGUGCAAAGUGCUGCCCGACCUCUCAGGCUGGAGUUGCAGCAGUGGCAACAAAGUGAAGACCACCAAGGUCACCCGGUAGCUCCUGCAGCCUGGAGUCAGCCCUGAUGACAUCGCAGUGCUGGAUGGGAUGGGAGGGUGCCAGCACUGCUGCAAUGCCUCACAGCUCCACAGCCCCGUGAUGCACCCUGCAGCCAAGAAACGGGCUCGUUUUCCCAUCCUCUGAAAUAAAAUGCUCCGAUUGUUGACAGUUAUGGAGACAGACAGACAGCAGAGCUUUAUUCCCUGCUAAAGCAGCGAAGGUCAGUGCUGUGGGAGUUGCACAGAUAGCCUUGCUGCCUCUCUCUCCCUGACCUGGAAGCAGACCCUGCUCAGCACUGCCCGCAGUGGCGGUACCGGGGCGGUCCAACACCUCCUCGGGCUCCGGAGAUGGCAAAACAUUUCCACAGAGCACACUGUUGGUUCUUCCUUCCUGUGUAAUUGCAUUAACGAGGCGGCGAGUUUAAUGCCUGUUCCUACAGAGCCAGUCCCAGGCACCACAUUGCAGCUCGUGUUUGCAUCGAAUUUCAGAAUAAAGAGGAGGAUUCCAGUGCUGGACACGUGCAGGUUCUGCAGCCCUGGGCUGAAUGUGGCAUUAAGGAAACAGGCACCGUGCCCCCGAAUGUGCUCUGUCCCCUCUCUGCAGCUGGAGGGGAGGUGGGGGCCCAAGGACCCGGCGUGGAGGUGCUCCCGUUCUGGGGUAUGCAAUGCUGCUGCAGACUGAUGUACAUAGCAGACUGUGAAAUAUUAAAUCCAAUUUAAUCUCUGCUGAAGAUCUCUUCAUUGCGAAGCUGAGGGGCAGUGCUGGUGAUGGGGCUGAGGGACCCUCACAGGCUCCGAUGCUCACAACUGAUUUUUAGUGCCAUCGGACCACAGAGAGAGACAUUUCUGCAUCGGUUCCCCUACACAUGAAAUUGCUUUGCUGAUUUGUUGAGUCCUUUGUGGUUUGAAGCACGCAGGAUUUGGGCUUUCCAUCAGUUCCUUUAAUGGGAGGUGUUCUGAAGGAGAGCGGGGGUUUUAAUUCAGGGAAGGCUGAUUUACACUUCAAGGGCGAGCGGAGGAUCCCUCAGGUUGUGGUCUGCAUCCCGUUGUCCAGCAGAGGUUUGCAUACAGGACACACCAUGGUUUGGGGGAGCAAAUAUCCCCUCUGUGUGCCUGUGUGCUGAGCACUGAUUCCCUGCAUUGCUUGCCUCCUCCAUGGGAGGAUCCACAGGGGGGCCAUUGGCUCCUCCUGGCAGUGAUGCUGCACCUCCUGCUCUCAGGGGGGGUCCAGGAGCUGCAAGGUGGCCCCAUCCCCACUGGGCAUGGUCCCUUCAAAAGGCUCAGCCCCUGGGGGCUGUCACAGUUCAGAUGCUUCCAUAUCAUCUCCUGGGUAUUGUAAUUACACCUCGUUCAAUUAGUCUUUGGGGGAGGAGGGAAGAGAGAAAAAAAAAACCCUUUGUGUUAAGGUUUGGUGGAGAAUUAUUAGAGAGCGAAUUAAAAGACAAGGAUUUCAUUUUACUUCACAAUAACAAAGGCCUAAUGGAUAAAAUAUCCAAAAAUUACGAGCUGAUUAAAUUUAGAGCUGUGCUAGGUGGUGAAAUGAAAGGUAAAAUGAGACCCUUUGAGAAGCGACGACGUGCGGUACGAGGGGGUGUAUUAUCUGAGAAGUAAGAUGGAAACAUAAUUAACCAUCCGGCGUUACGCUGAGAGAUGGAAAAUUGAAAUGGGAGACAAAAUUAGGUGAAAUUGCAGAGCAGACUCAUUUAUUUCCGUGGUAUAAAUCAGCAUUACCUGUCAGCAGGGCUGAGCUGCUCGGGGCGAUGCUGCCGGCGCAGAGCGCAGCCGGGUGGCACUGCAGGGUGGGCUGCCCCUACCGGGCAUCGCCUGCAGCUCGGAUGGGGGAAACCCAUCCCGGUGGGCGCUGCUCUGCCCCAGCCUGGCUCCGAUCCCUGAGUUUUGCUCCUCCCACUGCUGCGUGCCCUCCUGCUGUGAUCCCUCACGGUGAUGAGUGCCGCAGCCCGGGUUAGAGCAGGAGGGACAUUUUUGGUUUGGUGGCUUGAAAUUUCUGCCUUUCAGGCUUAAUUGGAUUUCUUUCCCCUGCAGCAGGAUAAGAGAAGUAACCCCUGCCACCUUCGCCCUGCUGCUGUCACUCGGUUUGCUCCUGUCAGCCCGUUUGGUUUAGCGCUGCUUUGACGAUGAGCAAGGAAAAGGUUUGUCUCUUCCAGAAGCCACAAGGGGAAGGUGCACCGUGCAGCUGCAGUGCCCCAUUUAGGAACACGGAGCAUCACUGGGGCAGGAGCAGCGGGACGGCUGGGCCGUGCGUGAGGAGCUGAGCUGGGGGUCGCGGCCAAAGCUGCUGCCCCAUGUUUGCUCCAGGCAGCAAAGCAGCGCUGCAGGAUCACGCAGCCUGGUGUUUUAUGAAGCAUGCAUUUGUAGGGAUGUUCUAAGGAAGGGAAUCAAUUAUUCACUUGGGUGUUUCUGAGCUAUAAAAGCAGAAGCGGGGUGCCACCCACCGCUCCAGCCCUACCGACCCUUUCCUUUGCUUUCCUCUCUGCCCAUCUCGCAGUUGAAGGCGGUGGGGAUGGGGCACAGCCCACUCUGCACGCGCUAUUUACCGACCAAAUCAGGGAUUAAAAGAGAUUUUCAUUUUUAUAAAGUGAUUUCUAACCUUGUUUUCCUGCUGGCACUGUUGGCAUUGUGCAAAGCAAUGAGGGAGAUUGCAAUUUAAUUUGUGCCUUUCCCAGCUUGUCGUUAAUCUCCCGACUUACUGCCGGUAUUUGAUUU